AUGGGCGUCGGAAGCACCCUGCCUCGUCCAUCGGCGGGAGAGACCACCCCGCCGUCACCGAUGCGGGUCGAAGCGUCUCGCCCUCUAGAGCAGGAGGGAGCCCCCGAGCCUCCCCGAUCUAGGGAUGCGGGGGAUCCUAUUACUAUCAGCGAUGGGUCCGGUGGCGACCGGCCCUCGAAGGACGCCCGCCCCAUGGAUGAGGAGCUUGAAGCUUCCCCCGUCGCGAGGCGGAUGCCUUGGCCCAUCGAGGAGAGGAGGAAGAAGGAAGAGGAAGAGCGUGAGCGGGAACCGCAGCAACAGCUGCAAGAGGAGCAGCAACAGCCGCGACCGGAGGGAGGAGAAGAAGAAGAAAGGCGGCGGCGGCAACAAGCAGAACGGCUCGAGGAGCUGCUGGAGCAGAACCAACAGCAAGAGCUGCUGGAACUUUAG